CCUUGGUGUUUAGGCAUCGACAACAACCUGCCAUGAGACUUACGUGGAACUAAUGCUACCAGCAAACCCAAACUGCGCGUGCGUACUUCGGCCGCCAUUUUGGGGGAGGGAACGACGGUACGCCGUCUGUGACAAAACACAUUUGCGUAUGCGGUUACUUCAAAGUAGGGUAUAACAUUUGACCACUCAAUAUGCUGAUCGUAGAGGCAUUCUUCUCUUUAUACGGGAUCGUUAGUCAAAUGUGUUUAAGCUUAAUUCGCUUACUAUUAGUUUUGUCUUUGCUAUUUAUCGCGUAUUGGAAAUUCACUUUCUGUGGGUAUUUCCUGAGCAAAUGUAAUACACAAUUGCAAAAGUAUCACACUCCAGGAAGUGGCAUCCCUCGAACAAAUUAAUAUAUUUAGAGUAGAACCAGCUAUCAGUAAUUACCAAACGGAUUUAAACAAGCUUAUAUGUAAACUGCUAACUGUGUUCCAGAGGUGUAGUGUCGUCCCAAGUCGAUUGCUGUCCUGUUGAGCACUUACCCGGAAAUGACGAUUACAAUAUUUAUCCGCGUUUCCUUUGUCCCCGUCUCUUCUUUAAAAACAACAAAAAAAACCCUUUUCGCUACGUAUCCAAAAUGGCGAUGACUGAGUGUGAUUGAUGUCAAACUCUGCAAUCUCACAGUUUGGGCGCUUUCAGUGCCCAGCGUUUUGUUGUACUUCCGUGUGGAACACGCUCGUGCACUUAAAAACGCGGUGACACACAGCAGUGUGGGCAGUGGGCAGCCAAAGAAGACUUCCGUAGAAAUGCUCUGGACGACAGGGAUUUUGGUAGCGAAAAGCCAGACACAAACCGGGACCCUUGGCCACAGAAGAAACAAAGAUUAGGUGUAGUCUGUGUUCUGUGCUGAGGUGAGAGCUCCGGGACAAGAUGGGAGAAAUAACCGUCGACUCCAAGACGCUUUGUCUCUUUGAUGUUGACGGCACUCUGACGGCUCCCAGGCAGCCUAUAACUGCCGGGAUGGCUGCGUUUAUUGAGACGUUGAAGACUCGGGUUCGUGUUGGAGUGGUCGGAGGGUCCGACCUCUGUAAAAUCAAAGAGCAACUCGGUGACGAUAUCAUCCACAAGGUGGACUACGUGUUUGCAGAGAACGGUCUGGUAGCCUAUAAGGAUGGGAAGUUGCUUUCCGUGCAGUCCAUCCAGGCCCACAUGGGAGAAGAACUGCUACAAGAUUUCAUCAACUUCUGUCUCAAAUACAUGGCCAACAUUAAACUGCCCAAAAAGAGGGGCACAUUUAUUGAAUUUCGUAACGGCAUGUUGAACGUUUCCCCGGUUGGGCGCAGUUGCAGCCUGGAAGAAAGAAAAGAGUUCUAUGAGCUAGACCAGAAAGAAAAAAUCCGGGAGAAGUUUGUGUGUGCUUUAAAGGAACAGUUCAAAGGAAAAGGAUUGUCCUUUUCAAUCGGAGGGCAGAUCAGCUUUGACGUCUUCCCUGAUGGUUGGGAUAAAAGAUACUGCCUGGGGUUCUUUGAGGGUGACAACUAUUCAACCAUUCACUUCUUUGGUGACAAGACUAAACCCGGAGGAAAUGACCAUGAGAUCUACAGUGACCCUCGCACCGUCGGACAUGCAGUCUCCAGUCCAGAGGAAACACAACAGCUUUGCCAGCAGCUUUUCCUUUCAUAAAGGAGAAGCUGUGACGUAUGGCAUGUAUGGCGGCUAUAUCUUUGAGGUUAGGGUUAUUGAUGAAAAGAUGCCCUAAAACGUGAUUAUGAAAAUAUUCCACCGUUUGAAGUACAGGCAGUCCUUGGGUCAUCAACGAGUUGAAUGGAAAAAAAUAAAAAGUCCUUACUUUUAUCCUUGUGGCUGUCUUGCAGGCCUUUCUACCAUAUUGAAAUAAUGUCCCAGGCUAGUCUGGAAGGGUAACCUCCUCUUCUCCACCCCAGAUCUCAUUGUGACAGCGCACCGAAUACAUGACCCCCUCUCACAUUCAUUCAUUUUCUGC